AAAUAGAUGUGUAAUGAAUUACGACUUGUUAACCGCAGGCGGAUCAUCGGGAAACUUAACGAAGAAAGCAAAUUCUGGACAUCUCACCAACGAUCUGUUUUCGGCAAAUUCAGAUCUUUAUUCAAAUUCAACGACUAAUAACUUAUUCCAAUCGACGAAUGAUAAAGAUCUCCUGUUUAACUCGAACCUAAGAACAAACGGAACUGCUGAAAAAAGUGAAUUAUUUCUACGUGACAACGGUCCCUCACUGCCCAAAGGAGUUAACUACAAAGACCACUUUUCAAGCAUACCUGCUUCUAGGGGUCAUCUGAACGAAAUUUUUUCAUCGGCUGAUAAGAACAAUCCAUCGUAUCAACGGCUGUCCGACAAAGAGAAUUUUGGUGCUGCGAACGGGCCCAUGAAUUUUCUGAACCAAACUAACCGAUCUUUAAACUCAACUGCAUUUGGAAACGAUAGCUCUUCAAUUAUCCCUUCAAGUGCAGCUGGGUCAUUCGGAGGAGCUAUGCCUCCUCAAGCUGGUCGGCUGUCGGCGUUUCCCCAAUUGUCGCAACAGCAACUGCAAGCGUCUCCGAGUAGUCGGACAGGAUUCGGAAGCUCCGUUAGUUCAGUUCCUGGCGGAGGGGGGCAGUUAUCAUCGCAACUACAGAGUCAACAAAGUGCAGCCUCUUUGCUGUCUUCGUCCGCAGUGGUAGCUCCUGGUCAACCGCAGUCAGGCUCUUCGGUGAACAGGUCAUUGUAUAAUCAACAUAUGACCACGAAUAACUCAUCGGGUUUGGGAUUCACUAGUCCAAAUAGGAUGUCUCCGAAUAGCAACAUGGCGCUGCACCAAGCUAGCUAUGGAUUCAACUCUGUUACCAAGAGAAGCAAUUCGCCAUCGGUCAAUGUCAACGCUUUCAAUCAUUUCUCAUCCUCCAACGUGCAACAAGCUGGUCGAUCUAAUGCCCAUAGUUUUGGUUCUGUCAGCCCUAAUUUGCAAAAUUCGAAUUCUUUGAUUCACAUCAAUUCCUCAAUCUCCGCUCCAAAUGGUCGUGAGCCGGGCUCUCAUGUGUCUGUAAUUGGAAGUUCGAAGUUGGAUCCGCAAGAUUUUCCUGCUUUAUCGCAAAAGCACAGCAAUAUGGGAUAUGAAUCAUUUCAAGGGCGUGACUAUUUGAGUAUGUUGAGUAAGAUGGGUGGUGAGCCAAGUAGUGAGUUCACGAUUCAGAACGAAGACUUUCCGGCUCUGCCAGGUGCUGGUCCAGGCUCAAAAACGAGAUCACACGCGUACCAAACAGGGUCUCUCGAUGGUUUUCCGACGCACUCCGCGGGGGACGAUGGCUCCCAAUUCAUGGGCAACCAGUCCAAUUCCAUGUCCUACCGGUCUUCGGCUGGCGAUAAACUGGAUGGUCAGAGCGGGUCUCUGGAAUCUUCCAAGACGGGCAUCCAGACGUCAGGCGACGGACUGGUGACAAACAUUCCACGUGGCAUGGUGACGGACCAAUUCGGAAUUGUGGGCUUGUUGACUUUCAUCCGUGCGGCUGAGAGAGACUCUAACUUAGUGCAACUAGCAUUGGGCAGUGAUCUGCAGAAUCUGGGAUUAAACCUCAGUUCUACAGAUCUGUUCAGCACAUUUCAAAGUCCCUUCGCGGAGACUCCCUGUCGACCCCAGGACAUCGACUUCUUCGUGCCCUCUGAGUACUUGACAAAUCUGCACAUUCGCGAAAGGCUGGCACCUAUCAAGCUGAGCAAAUACGGCGAGGACACUUUGUUCUACUUAUUUUAUACAAACAUCAAUGAUGUACUGCAACUCGCCGCAGCUGCUGAAUUGUAUGCGCAUGACUGGAGAUACCACAAGACGGAACGAAUGUGGCUAACACGGGCCCCCGGGUACCAGGCCCAGAAGUUCGACCAAUACGAACAGGGAACUUAUCUGUUUUUCGACCCCAAAUUGUGGAGAAAAGUUCCUAAAGACUUCCGACUGGAGUACGAGAAACUGGAGGACAAACCUCAACUGCCCAACGCAAACAAUUAUCACCCGGCACACAGUCAAGUGCAUUGAGUAGGAACGGGACAGCUAAGACUGCAACAAACAUUUAUGACAUCAUGGCACAUUGCGCAACUUAUUACAUCACAAAUUGCGCAAUAAAAUGACGACGACACGAGAAGAAACUGAGGCUGCGAUAUUUGAAAUAGAAAUCAUCUCUUCCUGCAUCGAAAAUCACUCACUGCAAAUAAAAACUGUACUCAAUUGAUAGCUUCUAUGUACAUGUACCUUUGAUCAAAGACGGCUUCCUCAAUUAGCAUCGAACUGAACUGUCUGCUGAUCUGAUCUGACCACCUCAUUAUUCGGCGGUUUUUUCUUCCAUUUGCUCAGUUACGAGAACAGAACCAAACAAACCCCUGAACCCUUCCUUAAAUGUCUCGUCCAUUCGAAGCUUCAAACGUCUGGUGAGGCUACAUAGAGUUUAAUUUAAUCACUUAUUUUCGUCCAUGUUACUCCCGACCCAAGCUCAAACCAGCGAUGUUUAUUAGUGUUCCACUUUACUUGGCCACAUGAUUCAAAUGUCGUCAGUGGUUUCACUUCUUAUAGACUGCCAACGCGUUUUCAAUGAGCUGGGUUGUAUGGGCACCUUGUGACUAGUAUUAGUAUAUUGCUAUUUAUUUCUCCUCCUCUGCGGAGCUCGUCAAUAAUUCUGUUGCUAAAUUACCUCAGUAUCGCGAGUUCCUUUUUACUUUUCACGAGGUGCUGCCCCGCCAAUUUUUAUCAACAGCAACUCCUUCACUACUACAUCUCCUUAUUAUGCAGCCAGAAAUAUCUGCAUUCCAUUGGCCAUUUUAACAUCUCUGUGUAGCGAUGCCAUGCACUCCCAAUAGAGCGCUUCAGCAAUAUCAGAAACAGCCAGCCGAAAUUCAACCACCCGCCAACCCAAUCAAUUGUUGACGAUGAUUUGAUGAGAGUAAAAUGCAGUUUUCGAUCGAAGGAAUCAGUUCAACUACUCGUGUCCGCUUUGUUUUCUUGGCUGUCUCUGGAAAUACCAAUGCGCGCCUUUAUUUUGUUUUCUUUUUUGAAUGGAACUCAAUAGAACUUAGUGUGCAGUCGAAAUAUUAAGAAAAAGUAUUCGAAAA